GCGAGUUGAAGAUUGCGGGGCGCGGGGAGAGUGACAUUAGUUCCGUGGACGCCCUUGUAAUAAGACAUGUUGACAGCUGCGCGUUAUUUCAGACACUUGUUUGAAGUUCGGAAGAAUGACGCGGGGUAGGUGACGCUACGACGCCAUUACAGUUGGCGGUUACAAUUUAAACGCUGGUGCACGGAAAGGAGAAGCCUUCUGGUUUGUUCUAGAAGCCAGGUGAAUGUAUUUAUGCAUUUUUGUCUCGUUUUUUGUAAGUGAUCAUUAAGUGCGCGGUACAGUGCUAUUUAAUUAAUCAGUAUCAAAGUGUAAAAAAGUAUAAAAUAAAAUAAUUUAUUUCACUUUUUAUACGAACAUAAAAUGGCGUCAUUAAUGCAAAAUAGAAGCAUCAGAUACAUUCAUCGUUUCGAGAAUUUGCCUAAACUAUUGAAAGAUUAAUUAUUGUAAAUUAUUAUUGAAAGAAAAAUAUGUGUUCCUUCAAUUCCUUCCUCUCCCCUUUUAUUUUCAGCAAAUUUUGUGGCCGCGCGCAAUGCGGUUGUAGAGUCAGUGUUUGCUGCGUAGUAAUUUUUGUUGUCGAAGCAAAAUGGCUUCUAGUAGUGUUACGUAUAUUUAAUAAAGAAACGUGAAACUGGAGUCAGUGUUAAUAUAUUUUCUAAAUUAAUAUUUGGAGCAUCGCGGCUCUCUAAUUAUUUUUCUCAAAAGUAGAGUCGAUCUUUUUCGUACGGUAGUCUUUUAUAAUUCUUUUUUUUUUCUUUCACACUACGCGUUAUCGGUGUAGAAUCAUUUCAUCGCUGGCGGACUCAAAGGAUCUUGGACCACUCUUCAGGAGUAAAUAAAAUUCUUUGCAACUUUAUCUCCUGUGGAUUCUUCAGACGAGUUGGGCAGUGAGUUACCACGGCGUCAUCCUGUAGCAGUUGCAGUAGCGGCAGCAACCCCAUUCCUGGUUAAAACAGCCCUGGUGCUCUGCGAUCGUUACACCAUUAUGAGUAAAACGUAACUAUAUGCAAUUGUUGUACAAUGAAGAAAUCAUUGGUAGAAAUUACCAAAUAAACAUGGGAAUUCUACCGAUAUGUCUUGCGAUCAAAUAUUGAGCACAUUGGCAAAGAUGUGCUUUGUACAAUUGCGAAGAAACUGAAUGAAUAAACAAAAUUAUAAGGAAUGGUAUUCUAUUGGACAAUAUUGGAUGUUAGAUAAGCUGAAAAAUGUCUGGUGAUUCAGGAUGGAGCGCCGUUAUUCACCAUCCUUCGGAAUUAGAAUUGCAAAAUUGGAACUGGGAGGAAAACGAUGGGGAGCAGGAAAGAGAGCUCCCAUCGACUGUUGAUAUGGAUGCCAUAAAAGGCGGAGGUAGCUGGGAUCCAACCACCGAACUUAAUGGAACAGAUUCGGUUGAUUCAGAAGAGGAUUCCGAUUCCGACGACGAAAGUUCAGGCGGUACAGAAGGUAGUUGUUCUUAUUCGGAUUCAAAUUCGGACUCGGACGACGAAAGUAGUGGUGAAGAAGAAGAUACUGGCUCCAAUUCGGAUUGUACGUCAGAACACAGCGAACAAACAUUUUCUAUUCAAGAAACAAAUUUUGAAUCGGGAGCGCUUAAAUUAAAGAUUACUAUGAAAGGACCGAAAAAGGACGAUGUCGAAAAAUCGAAAUGCGAAAAAAAUAGGAGAAACGCGUCAAAGAAAGUUAAAGCCAAUCGCGGAACGAAGUCGUCCGAAUGCAGCAGCGAGGAAUCGGAUUCGUCGGAAAGCAGGCUACCUUUACAACACAUGCAACAACAGCAACAGAAUCAGCCAUCUCAACAACAGCAACAACAACAACAACAACAGCAACAACACCAGCCGCUUCAAGAAAUCAAUCAAGAGGAUUUGGCAGCUAUUUUACCGGACCAAGAGCACGAAGACGCUCCGUUCGAUGGAUUUGAGGAUUCAGAAAGCGGUCGGUUAGUGUCGAAAGCCAUUGAACGUAUGUCACUCGGAGCCGAUUCGGAUACGAGCGAAAAUGGCGAUCAGAACCCUGUACCUGUGUAUAGUUCCACAUUAUUGCAACAGUUCGUCGAAAAAACGGCUUUGCUAUCAGAACCGAGGAAAAGACGAAGUAAAAUCGGGAAGAAGGUGAACGAUUCGGAAUAUCCUUGCGUUUCAAACGUAUCACCGGACUCGGGAAUUCAAUCGGUAGAUAAUAGUCCUUUACAUUUGGCCAUCAGUCCUGUAAGUCCGCCGGCUCCGACGCAAUCCCCGGUGCAACCGGUUGUUACGAAGCCAGCGGUAAACGUAGAUCGUGUUUUGUACCCGCCAAAACGAAAACCUGGAAGACCGGCAAAAGCGGUCUCCGCGCAACCUCGAGGUCCUGGUAGGCCAAGAUUGAAACCGGAAGUCGUAGAGAAGAUAGAGAAAAUAGAAAAGAUCGAAAAAUCUGGGAGAACUGAGAGAAACGAAAAGAAGGAAACUUCGUCUCAACAGCAAAAAGUUGUAAAAGAAGAACCGAGUAAAAGGGGAAAGGUAAAGUCGGUGAUACAACAGAAAACUGUUGCGUCUCGAAGUGACAAGGAAGACGAAAAUGAAUUGGCUAAAAAUUUGAAGGAUAAAUCUGUUUGUCAAAAGAAACGGAGUUGCAACAUUUCCAAGCAGUGUUCUCAGGGAAAGGUAAAUAGGAAAAGAAAUAAUACAAGUUCUGCGAUGCGUGUCAAGUGCCUAAGUAGAAGCGUUGCGAAUAAGCACGGAAAAGAAGGGAUUAAAUGUAAUGGCGGAACGUGUAAAAAAAUAAGGAAAAAUAAACCUGGUACAGGAAACAAGACGACAACUCCGUUACGACGACAAAAACAAUUAGCUUGCGACAGAAUAUCCAAUGACAGGAAGGUUAUUGGUUCCAACAAGAGAAGCCUGAAAGAAAACAGAAGCAGUACGGGUCCUUUGGGUAAGAGGAAAACGUCGUUAAAAAAGAGCGUCGCACCGGUAACGCGACGUGUUUUAAAGGAAAAUAAAAGCACCAAAAAAGCAACGACUGGGUUCGAAACGAACGGCGUUGGCGUGCAAACUCUGAUAUCUUUACCAGUUGGCGAGGUGCUAAAGGCGGAAAAAGUCGAGAAUAUAACCAGCAAUAAAUGCGACAAGGCAACGCAGCCUAUACACAAUCAUUGCCAUAAACACCAUCAUCACAAACAUCGGCGGCGAUUGUUGCUGCCGCCUAAAAAUCCUAUACGCAUCCAUCCGUGUAUCAUCCAAGAACUAGAAAAAUUAAUCGAAGAAUUUUCCAGAUCUUGCAGUUUAGGUAGGAACAAUUCGAACGCCGGAUACUCUGAAUUACCACAGAUUUUUCGUGUAAAGAAAUUGACGAAGAAAAGGAAAGGCGACGUUACUACGAGUGAUGAUCAGAAAUUAAAGAGGCGUUUGAAGAAGGAGAAAACACUGUCGGGAUCGGAUUCGAAAGGCAGCACGAACUCUAGUACAAAUUCGAAUCCAAAUGAACAGAGGUUACCUUUGAAAAAGAGACAUUAUCAUGUGUCCAGUCCGCACAGUUCUCAAAGUUCGAACGGCAGCGGUACCGACGUGGCUUCGAAUGAAGCAAAUUCUACAGAAAGUCACAUAGAGGAAGCAAUCGAAGCAACGAUAACGAGAUACGGCGGUAGUUCAGCGUCUUUCUUCCAGGAAGACUCCGUACCAGUCACCCCGAAGAAAAGGCACAGAGACAGUGAAAACACAAGUCCUGACAAGUCGGGUGCAACGUCUUCAGACUUGCUGGAAGAGAAACCAUUGAACCAGGUAGAAGUUCAACCUCGUCGGAAAAAGAAGAUCGUUAAAGAUCUUCGUGUAACCGUCACUAAAUUAUCCGCUGAGAAUCAUGGUGCUUUCGAGAAGACCGAUAGUAAAACUGAGAAAUCCGAGAAAUCUUCCAGCGAUUCGAAAAGCUUGAAGAAUCAUGCGGAGAAGAAUGCAAAGGCCGUUGCAGAAAAAUCAAUAAAAACCGAUAAAAGCCAAACGGACAAGAACGAGAAGAGAGAUACCUCGCCCGAACAUGUUCGUUUGGACAAAAAUAUCAAAGUCGACGCUGCGGAAUUUCAUGUUCCGGAAAGCUUCGACGAAAGUGAAAUCACAAACGAAACUAAACCAUCGCAAAGUAAUCUCAGUUCGAACGUUCCGAAUCCAUUGAAUUCUUCUGCUGUACUGGUCUUAACCAAGAAAAAAAUGAGACGACGAAAGGCUAUUAAUCGUACCGGUUUCCCAACGUUAAAGAAAAAGAAGAAGAGAAUUCUGAAUUCUAGCGAAAUGGACGGAUCGAAAGGUGUUACCGUAAACAGUGAGGAUGGUGCAGAUAUCGCUGCCGAUGAUCAAUCCUUACUGAAAGAAGGCACUGAAGAUUCCACAAUGGAUAGUAAAACCACCUUAUUAAAUACGGAAAUAGAAGACGUAUUUACUGAGGAGCUUGGGAUUAAACACGGUACCAACAACACUGUUCGAGUACCAUCGAAAUCCAGUCUAAACUCGAGUCCAGAGAAUUCCAGUGCCUUGGACCAGGAAACGGCAGGUCGUGAACAGCCUGAACCUCGUUCGGGGCAAUUGAGAGUUCGAAAAGACCUCGUUGAAACUGAUAGUAGCGACAAUGGAUCCAACAAAUUAUGUCCUGUGAAGUUCGAAAAACUCCAAGAUUCGAGAUCGUACGAUGAAAAUGCGUCUCUGGAAGAGUCUCUCGAAAGAUACAAUGCAAGUCAAAAAGUGGUAGCUGAAUUGAACGAAGAAAAUGUGAAAAAAUUGGAGCGUGCAAGUUCCCAAGCGAAUAUAAAAACCGAGAACUCUACCGCUUUUAACGGGAACCAGAAGAAACGACGAGGUUCCUCGAGUCCAUGUAAUCUUACUCCCAGAAAUAUAAAACGACUACGCAGUGCGGGUUACGACACGGAGAACGACGUUCUAUCCAGCAGUGAUAUUCUUCAAGAAGAUCACGAAGUUGGAAAACAUUCAGGCUCAACGCACACGAGAAAGAAACAGUCCAGGUGGAAGAAGCGUUACUUUCAGGGUGGUAUUUUACAGGAUUAUGGUAAAGAUUAUGAAUCAAAAACGCGCGGAAAUAUCGAGAAUAUCAGUGCCUCUGGAAAAAAUAAAAUUGUCUGUGAAACCAACGAACCCGCGUCAGCUGCAUUAUUGUCUGCUACGUACCAGUGUGGCAAGUUACUGCGUCAAAGGAAAAUGCCUUUCCAGUUACCAUACGAUUUAUGGUGGUUGCAUACGCAAUCCAGAUUACCUGGUAGAGAGUCGGUACCAUCAUGGAAUUAUAAGAAAAUUCGUACGAAUGUAUAUUACGAUGUCAAACCAACUACGUUGUACGAAGCCCAAGCCUGUGAGUGCAAACCAGAGAGCGGUUGCGGAGAUGAUUGUAUCAAUCGUAUGAUCUUUAGCGAAUGCUCUCCCCAACUUUGUCCUUGUGGAGACAAAUGCGAGAAUCAAAAGAUUCAGAAACACGAAUGGGCUCCAGGUUUACAAAAGUUCAUGACAGAGGACAAAGGUUGGGGCGUGAGGACGCAACAAUCUAUUAAAUCUGGUGUUUUUAUUCUUGAAUAUGUCGGAGAGGUUGUCUCUGAAAGAGAAUUUAAAUCCAGAAUGGCGACGAGGUAUGCCAACGAUACACAUCAUUAUUGCUUGCAAUUGGAUGGGGGUUUGGUAAUCGAUGGACAUCGUAUGGGAGGUGAUGGAAGAUUCGUAAACCAUUCUUGCGAACCCAAUUGUGAAAUGCAAAAGUGGAGCGUUCAUGGGCUUCCGCGUAUGGCAUUGUUCGCGUCCAGAGACAUUAAACCUGGGGAAGAAUUAACGUACGACUACAAUUUUGCACUGUUCAAUCCAUCCGAGGGGCAAGAAUGCAGAUGUGGUAGUAGCGCUUGUAGAGGAGUAAUAGGCGGAAAAAGUCAGAGAGUUUCAAAAAGUAUCACCUCUCUUCCAACACAGUGUGAACCUACAGAACGAAGGUCGGUCGGAAGACCAAGAAAAAAUGUACGAAAAUCUAAUACUGUACAAUCCGUGAACUCAAAGGGCAUUUGUAAAUCUCGAAAAGUAGGCGAUACUAACUUGAUUCAUGCUCCUGUUCUAAAGCCUAUGUCUCAUCAACAGCGUUGUUUCGCGCAGCAACAUCAUUGUUUCCUCUUAAGAAAUUUAGAGAAAGUCAGGCGGGUUAAAUCGUUAGUGAAUCAGGUUCAAAUGCAGAACGGCAAAACGAAAGUCAAUAAUAUGGGUACCGUAAAGGAAAAGGGUCUUGGUGAUGCCAAGAUUCAAUCCGAUGCAUUUUUCUCUCAAUUAACUGCGCUGACUAAUACGAACACGCGUACUGUCCGAACUAGGAGAUUAGCACAAGCUCAGGAUGAUCCAGAAGUACAUAAAACUGCAAAGUUGGCCAAGGUAUUAAAAGAUCUUUAUAGCAUCGUUGCAACUGCAAACGACGAAAACGGGCAGUUGUUGUGCACGCCGUUUAUGACGUUACCUUCGAAAAGAAAGUUGCCAGAUUAUUAUGAAAAAAUAUCAGAUCCUAUAGACUUAACUACAAUUGAUCAGUGUAUUGGAACCGGUCAUUAUAAAACAGCCGAGCAUUUUGAUCAUGACAUGAUUAAACUUUUCGAUAACAAUAUAAGGUUCUUUGGAAGAACUUCCGAAAUGGGCAUCGCCGCAGCUAGAUUAAGGAAAUUAUAUUUGAGCAGUAAACCCGAUUUUGUAGACGCGAUAACAGAUGCGACAGGUUGUCCGCCUUCUCAAGGUUUCUUACCUCCUCGAGGUUCAACUGCCGGCGAAGAAGAUGUUAUCAGGUGUAUUUGUGGCUUGCACAGGGACGAAGGUUUGAUGAUUCAGUGCGAACGAUGUCUCGUUUGGCAACAUUGCGAUUGCGUUAAGGCCGAUACUAGCAUAGAAUCUUACUUAUGCGAGAGAUGUCACCCGCGACCAGUUGAUCUGGAAAUACCGUUGGAGGGCGAUGAAGAAGAAGAGGGGAAGAAACACUACGUUACUUUGAUGCGCGGUGAUUUACAACUCAGGCAAGGAGACACUGUGUACGUGUUGAGAGAUACACCCGAGAAACAUACGUACAAAACUAUUCAGAAACCGGAUUAUGAGCAAAUGGACAUCUUCAGAAUUGAGAGGCUCUGGAAGAAUACAGAAGGGGAAAGGUUCGUAUUCGGUCAUCAUUACUUAAGACCCCAUGAAACGUAUCAUGAGCCGACUCGAAAGUUUUACGAAAACGAAGUGGUGUGUGCUCCGUUGUACGAAGCAGUACCAUGUGACUUGGUUGCUGAACGCUGUUGGGUUCUUGAUCCUCAUACAUAUUGUAAAGGACGACCGGUGGGUUCUACGCCAGAGCAUACUUACGUGUGCGAGUAUCGCGUUGAUCGCGCUGCUCGACUUUUCACAAAAGUUGCCAGAGCUAGGCAUCAAGUUUGCACGAAACCUUACGCGUUUGAAACGUUUCCACAACGUAUUAAACAUUACCGUACAUAUUUACCCCAUAGUCUCGAAGGAAUACAGGUUGGAAGUAAAAUGAACAAAGAAAAGAAGAAAGCGAACAAUCAGGACGUGGAUACAAACCACAAGUCGGAAUCGGGUGACAACGCGAAAUCACACAGUAAAGAUCAACAAAAGUCCUCCACGAGUAAAGGUAGACGGCGAUCGAAUGAAAUUUUAUCUAUCACUACACCCACUACAUCGUACGCCCAGCGAGAAGAGCAAAGAAGAAGGUUGAAUAACAUUUUAAUCGGUUUACUACAAAAGAUGCCGAAUAAAAAGGAUCCUUUGGAUCUGUCAUUUUUACUAGAAAGGAAUAGGAGAAAUCGUAAAAGGCCAGGUGGAUUGAAUCCGUGACAUUGGGUUAUACAUCAGCGAUAAUACAAUAUUAUCGGUACGCAUAUGCGUAGGGCGUUCAUGCACACGUGUAACGCGUUGGUACUAUGGGCCACUAAUUUCAAUCGCAGUUACGUCUGUAAUCAAAGCGAUCACCCGAUCGAUUGUUUCAUUUCGCUACACGUAAAUUGAUGUCAUUUAAAUCGUUUCACGAGGAAAACGAUAAGCUACGCGUUUUCGUAUCCUUAUACUAUGACCCGUCCAUUCGUAUAAUUUAAUCUUAAAAAACGAAUAUCACUCUUUCUAGAGUUACGCUAUAUCAAUCGAGAUCUUUUUUAUAUAUUGUUUUUACGUAUAUAAAACUAUAGAAAAUUUAUAGGAUGGUACUUCGAUUGAGAUUUUCUGUAGUUUUUUGGCAUCAUUGUGGUAUUUUAGUCUACUUUCUCUUCUCCUGCGUCAGAAGUUAAGCAUCGAGCGGACAAAUGGGAACAGAAUCGAUCUUUUGAUUCUGAGUGGGAAAUUUAAAGUAAUUUAAUGCUAUUCAAGUCUUUUUUAAUAUUUUGAUCGUGUAGAGUUUAUUUGAGUUUGUGAAACAGAUGAACCGGAAUCGACGAUGUGGUUUCGGUACCUGAAACAACGUAUCAAUCGAAUUGCAUAUAACGAGAGCUAUUAUUAUGUCUAAUACAGUUCUAAUAUAAUUAGACUCGUCGAAUUGUAUAAAAGUAAUUUGUAAAUUUCCCUCAUAGUGCAUACAUUUAAGUGUACAAAUUAUAUACAUAAUUACUUGGGAUUGAGGAUUGUGACGCGCACGCGUCGGAGUAAUAAAAUUAAACCGCGCGCGUCGAAGAACAAUGGAAUAAGAGAAAAAAUAUCGAAUACAUGCGAGGCUUCAUUGCACAAAAGUACCAUUAUAUUUUUCAUAAUCCCAGUGUUAUUUUGAAUUAAGUGUAAUAUAUAGGUUUUUAAAUUAAUAGCUAAAACUCUACUAACAUAUUUAAUUUAUUCAUUAUCGCGAUCGAGUAUAGCGAAUUGUUGCUAUAACGACAAAUAUACGCAGGAUUUCGUAUUUAUUAUUACAUUAUACAGUUAGUAAAUACAUAUUAUUGAAAGCUAUUUAAUACGUAUAAGUCUUAUUUACAUUAUAUAUGUUUUUACGCUUUGCACGAUGUCCGAAUUUGUUUUUAUCGAAUGAACACACACUACGAUUACCCUAUUUCUGGUUUCCAAUGUUAACCACAUAAUGCAAGCAUGUUGUUUUAGCGUCAUCGUAAGAAUCUACGUAUAUUGUAUUUUUAUGGCAUGACAGACGGAAUAUCUACCUUUGUUAUUUAAUAUUAUUGAAACUAAUGAAUUUGGAAUUUAAAGAUUUUAUUGAUCUUUUAACAAAUAUUUUAAAAAUAUUUUAACGCGAAUUAUAUUUCGUACAAUAUUCUUGGAAUUAAUGUCUAUUAUUUGUUUACGGAUGAUCGUAUGAUUUGGGAUUCUCACUGACUUUCAAUACCUGCUUCGGAACAAAAGGGUACCGUUCUUUUUUUUUGUAGAAAUAAUCCUUUAAUAUACAAGGAGGUCACGACAACGGAGCGCGAAGCUUUCUCUGCAUGGAAUGGCAGAAAAGAAUAAGUUAGAAGAGCUUAUGAUUUACCAAUACCUAUGCGAGCUACAAAUGAGAAUUUCUGCGCAAUUACACGGAAUGCGUUAUAAAUGUCAUUAGAUAAACCAUAAUGUUUCACAUGUAAAUCAUUCUGGAUUAAUUUAAACUCUUGUUCGUAGAUUAAAGAAGGUCAACAUGGUCGAUUACGUUGACGAUUACAUUAAGCGUGUGCGAAGACUGAAUUACUGAUACAGGAUAUUUCUAGCAGGUAAUUGUGCUGAUCAAAUCUGGGUUGUAAAUAAUUGAAAUUCGAAAUAAAUAGAAGAUAUUUUUUA